AUGCUCUUAAAUCAAGGCUGUCUGCUUAUUUAUACUAGCGUAGGCAACACUUGGAUUUCCCUUCUUAGUAUGCUUCAUAACUGCUUUACAGAGAGCUUCCGCUUGUUCUUGAUCAUGUAUCGUGUUUAUGUGCACAGUGCCAAGCAGAGAGUGACUGGGUGGCGGCCCUGCCCGGCCUCCGGGAGAGCCAUCGGCGCAGAGCCUCGGGGGAGGAGCAGCUCUCAUCCCAGUAGCCUCGUGGCACAGUACUCUUGGGCAGUAACUGGAUACCUUUUAUUUGAACAAACAAACUGGGGGGGAAAAUGCUUCCUUAAGUGCUGA